UUUGUUUGUUUAUAUUUUAAGUGGCAAUUUAUUUGCGAUAUUUGAAUUCAUUUAUUAUACACAGAUGACAUACGUAGUGAUUAGAAUUAAUAUGAAGGAUAAAAGCGUUUAUAUAUUUUGACUUAUCAGUCUUUUUAUUGCAUUAUAUUAAAAAUUAAAUGAAAAUCAUUCUAGUCUGAAAUUGAAGGAGAAAAGUGAAAGGAUAUUCUUGGUUUGGUUUUUUUAGGAGUAGUAAAUUGUAAGCAUGGGUAUGAUAUUUAGCCGUCAGAAUGCUAGAAUUGAAGAAUUCGAUUCCACAGCAAGUAAUGCAUAUCGAUACCCGCCAAGGAAUGGUAAAUAUUUUGCUAGCCAUUUCAUCAUGGGGGGAGAAAAGUUCCAAACAACAGAACCAGAAAUGUAUCUAUUUGGUGAAAAUACGGAUUUGAACUUUUUAGGUGGAAAACCAGCUCCAUUUCCUUAUGCUGCACCUCAACCUAAUGAACCAACACGGACAUUGCGUUGUUUAAUAAAUAUAAGAAAAGAGUCAUUAAGAUUUGUAAAAGCAUCAAGCACAAUAGAUAGUGAAAAACAAGACACAGAGAAGUCUUCCUUGAACACCUUAUACAAUAUUGAAUUUAGUUUUGAUUCUGAUGUACGAUGUAACAUAACUAUAUAUUACUUUUGCACUGAAGAAGUAACUGCAAAUUCUGUAAUUUAUACUCCACAAGAUGCUUCUUUGAACUCUGAAACCUAUCAUUAUAAAAAAGGAAUUAAUCAACAAUUCAGUCAAGAAUCUCAUAAAUUUGACCCUACUAAAUAUUCUGAAGAAAUGCUUAAUUACAGAUAUGAUAAUGAAGUCAUACCUGUUCUAAUUCAGUGUGUUGCUGAAGAGGGAGAUGAACCCAGACAAUCUCAUAUGGUUAUAGCUGUAGUCGAGAAAAAUGCAAAUGAAUCUUAUACUUUGAAACCACUGAAACAGAAACUUUUUGUUGAUGGUCUUUGUUAUCUUUUACAGGAAAUUUAUGGUAUUGAAAACAAAAAUGUAUAUCAGUCAGAUUUGACCGAUGAAGAUGUAGAAGAUACUGGAUUUGAUUGUGUUAUAUGCAUGAUCGAUCCAAGGGAUACACUAAUUUUGCCUUGUCGUCAUCUUUGUUUGUGCAAUAGUUGUGCAGAUUCUUUGAGAUAUCAGGCUAAUAACUGCCCUAUAUGCCGUGCUCCAUUCCGUGCAUUGUUGCAAAUCAAGGCUGUUAGAAAAACGAAUUCUACUCUCCCACAAAUAAGUCAUAAUGCUGACAAUCAGACCACUCAGGACAUCCCACCUGGUUAUGAGCCUGUAUCACUGAUUGAAGCUCUUAAUGGGCCUAUUCAGCCAUCUGCUCCAUUAGUUCCUUCCUUUGCAAUUUCUAAGGCUUUGGACUAUAUGUUAGGGCCAGAGAUGGUUCCCGCUCCUAUACCACCUUUUGCAAAUAGUCCUGACUUUCGACAAAAGCAUCGUCACCUUGAUAGGCACCAUUCAAGCAGUGUAUCUUUAAGAUUAUGUGAUAAUUCGAAUCCCCGGAAAGAUAAUUCAUCACUUGGAAAGUUACAGAGAAGUGUGGAUGGUUCAUCUGUUCCUGAAGUUGCUGUUCCAUCGAUGUUGCCAUCAGAUAAAAUAUCUCUUAAAACUGAAUCACUUUCCCUAACAAGAAGUGAGGGUAAAAGACACAAAAAAAGUUUCAGAACAUCAUCAGCACCAGAAAAAAUGAGGCUUCUAGCAAACUCCAUAAAUAUAAUUAAUGAUGUGGGAAAUAAACGUAAAAUAGAAAAGUGUGCUGAAUUAGCUGAAACGAGAUCUCUACUUGAAAAUGCUAUUGCUGUUGAAGAAAAUUCUGGAGCUACUUCUUCUCCUAAAAGCAGCAAACCAUGUGGCAGAAGCAGCCCGAUAUCAUUGUCCACUCCACAUUCAUUGCAUUUAUGUGAAGGAUCUAGUAAAGAUACAUCGCCGUGUGGAGAAGAUUCCGAUUAUUUCACACCUGAAGAUCCAAGCACUACAAUUCUUGUUGACCAAGGUACUGACACAAGUUUAGACACACCUCAAGGUGCGGAAUCAUGCAGUGUUUACAAUUCUGUCGGAAAAGUUAAAAGUGAUUUAAUUAUCUCUGGAAAACAUAAAGUUAAUCGAGAAAGGUAUGCUGUUCAUGAAUCAGAAAAUGACUUUAGAUACGUGCAUGAUAAACGAAAAAGAAAUUCUGAUCCUUUGAAUAAAUUUGAAAAUCCUUUGGAUUCCUUAAUAUCUCAUAAAUCUUGCUCACUUUUUGUGAAUCUUGAAAAUCAUAACUCUUUACCUGGAACUCCUGCCAGUAAUGCUAGCAAUCAUAGCAGUGGCGAAAGUUUUAGCAGUACUUCUAGCACACGUUUAUUACUUAGACCCCAGAGCUAUGAUACCUUGCAAGAAUGAAAUGAUUUGUUCAAUUAAAUUGUAAAUAGGUACAAAUAUUUUUCAAUGUCUUAUUCAUCAACAAUUUUCAAAUUUAUUAUUGCUUGAACAUUAUUUUAUUGAUAUUAAAUUAUUUUACGGUAUCAAAUCAAAAAAUUUCUUAAUAGAUGUAAGAUAAAAAUUUAAUCUCAUUUAGAAAGAGUUUUUAUGGUGCUUCGUAAAUAUACCAUCAUUAAAACUGCUUAAGUAAAAUAACGGAGGUCAUUGAAACCUUUGUCAAUAAGCAAAAUAUUACAAUUUAUUUCGUGUUGGUAAGCAAAUGCUGCAUCUAUUUUUUUGCGUGAUUUUUGCUAAUCAUGCUUUUAAAUUUCAUGCAUAAAAUUAAACUUUUCAGACUUUAAUGUACAUAAUUUCCUGUUUUAUUCUGAAACUAUUAUUAUUUUCUUUUUUAUUCUAAGAUAAUUUAUAUUUAAUGGGUUUUAAAUAAGUUCUCAGCUUUAAAAUAUAAUCUUAACUAUUUGUAUGAUUAAUUCUAGAUUGUGAAAACUUAAAAUGAAAGCCUAUUAAUUGCCAGCUUCCUUCGGUUUCAGUUGGAAAUUAAUCAACAACACGUGAAAGAAAAGUUGGUUGACAAGGAAACAUAUAAGAAAUAUUGCGAAUGUGAUUCUAUGGUGAUCUUACGAAUGUUUGCUGCAGUGCAAGAUUUUCUUCAUUCAAACUUCCUGAGUGCUUUACAACAAAUGUACAAAAAUGAAAGUUUAAUUACUUGAUGCAUUUAUAAAGUACUUUUGAUGCCAAAUUUCUUUCUUUUUUGUAAAAUUUACUGAAGCCAAUCGCAUUUUUUCUUUUCAUGUUCAUUCCUUUGUAUUUUUUUGCUUUGAUAGUUAGUUUCCGUUGGUCAAAUAUUUAUUUGGAAAAUAAAUAAUUUAAAAAACUUUAUAAAUAGAAAAAUGCAUAAGAAGAUAAAUUCAUUGAUUCUUGUCAUAUGUCAUCAUGCGAUAACCGUUUUAAGAUUAAGAAAUUAAAAACUGUGUCAGUGAAGCAGUUGUAUGUAAGGUACUUAAUUACAGCUUUUUUUUUUCAAAAAAUCCAAAUAAACCGUUUAUUUAAUUUUUAAUUUAAAUUAUCAUUCUAUGAAAAGAAGUGUUGUAAAAUAUAUAUAUUGCACUGUGUUCUUUUGUUGUUUUCAUAUUUCUUUAACAUUUAUUUGCAAAGUUCUAUGUGUUUCUUCAAAAAUACAUCUACAAAAAAAACAAAAAAAAAAACACCUCCAAGAGAAUUUAAAUGUGAUUUUGCAUUGGCCUUUCUGGGACUGAGAUUUUCCACAUGAAAAAUUCUAUUAAAAAAUUCUAUUGUCAAAACAUAUUUUCCUAAUCAUAUUAUUGGAGCACAGUAAAAUUUAUUUGUUUAAGAUUUCAAGCAAGGGUUGAUAGAUUGAACGCAAAAUACAUUACUUAUAAUUUGUACUCCCGUAAAAACUUUCAUUUUUUAAUGAAGUAAUUCUGUAGUAAUUCAAGCAUUAACAUAUCAUUUAAAAAAUACUUAUGGAAGGCGGAUAAGAGUUCAUUUCAAUUGUAGUCACAUGUCACUGAACUAAUUGUAUUAGUAUCAUAAAUGAGUCUUAAAAACAUAAUAGACCUUUUUUCCCCUGUAGUAGUUAACAUUGAUGUGUAUAACUGUAUUUUCGAUGCAUUAGUAAAAUUAAAAAAUUAUACAAAUCAAGUUAUUACAACCCUUUCAAUACUAAUAAUGAGAGCUAAGUUGUCAUUUUAUAAGUAAUCAUCUCAGACCAAUAAACUGUUAUAGUUCUGAUAAGGUGUGAAUUCUUAUACUUUUAAUUUAAUAUAAUAAACUAUCGAGUUAUGAACUUGGAAACUAGAUAAUUGAUUUUUUGAGUGACUGUGCUAUCCUAAAUAUAAUUAUACCCUAUGGUGAAUUUUGUUCCCUAUGGUGAAUUUUGUUAAAUAAUAUAUCAACAUAGCUUAAAUCUGCAAAAGCUGGUUAUAAAUAUGUAUAUGUGACUAUUUGUAAUUUUUAUUUUAAAACUAGAUAAAUUAUGUGAAUAAUUUUUGGAAUAACUGCUUAUAUCAAACCGAUGCUUUGAUUAGCGAACUUAUUGCUUGGCCAUGCAAAUAACAUAUCAGAAGUGUAAAACUUUAUCACAUCUCAUGAUUGUCAUUUUGUAUAAUAAUUAAGUUGGACCAUUUAUUAUUUGCGAUUUUUUUAAUAUUUUAUUCAUUACUGAAGCUCUUUUUGUGUGAUAAUGUAAAUAUUUAU